GAACACUGUAGAUGGUGGUAUUGGGUGGAGAGUGAGGUCGAUAAGACAGGAGUCGUGUGUUUGUAACCUAACCUUGGAGGCCGGUUUGGUUUGACGUUCACGUGGGGAGAUUUGUGGAGUGUUUACUUUGUUGGAGAUCCUGAGGAUGACAACGAGAGUGGGGUUCUUGAGGGCCAGGAGGGUCCUCUGGGACUGGAGGAGGAGCAAAGGACACGGGCCGGAUCAUUGGAGUGUCAUAAAGAAGAAAAAUACUCCCAAAGACAAAGCCCUGGAGCACUUCAACGAUUUCUACUUCUCGGUUUACGGCUCCGUCUGGCCGAUCCUAAGAUCAGCCAUGCUGAAAAAAACUCACAAAUAUGUAGCUGUUGUAAAUAAUUUUUCCGACGUCGAGAGCGUAGUGCAGAAGCUACAGCUCCAAGGUGCUAUGAACAUGAAAGACCUCUACGAAGUAUCAAAAAGAAGUAAAAUCGAGAGAGAUAAAAAGAAACAGCGAGUGGAGCCGACAGAACCAAUUUACAAAAUGGACCUUCCCUUGGAGGAUAUUCUACAGACGAAGACCUGCGAGGAGUUGAAGACCAUCCUCCCCAAAGGUUACGAGCCCUCGUUGAAGACUCUGGACCAGGAGGACGACGGCCUCCCCCCACAGGAGAGCCCUUUCGAACCGGUCUCCCUGCGGCCCCUGGAGGAGGACUUAGCAACAGCUCAACUCGAUGAGAGCAGGAUAGUGAAACCCUCUGUAGGUCUGGCAGCAUCCGCUCUCUACGAAUACAUGCCUGCAACGAAGUUGAAGGGCCUGGACGAUUACGUCCUAGAGUCCGACCACUAUAGCUAUUACUCCAAGAGUGCAGACUUUGAAAUUCAGGUGGAGAAAGACUCGAGUUUCUCAUUUCCAGAGCAUCUGAAAAUUUUUACGUUUGAAGCGGGUAACAACAGCGAUUUUCCACCACCAAAGAGGGGAUCUACUGGGGUUUAUGAUUAUUAUCUGAUGGACGGAGGCUCGAUACUUCCAGUGCUAGCCCUGGAUCUCCAUCCCGGAGAUGUUAUGUUGGACAUGUGUGCAGCACCUGGUGGAAAAUCUCUCAUUGCCCUGCAGACCCUUUUGCCCUCGGCUUUAAUUAUUAACGAUGUAAAACUUUCUAGAAUCAACAUGAUCAACAAGGUUUUGGAAGAGUACCUGGGAGAUCUCGACGUUUGGGAUGGAAGAUUGUUUGUGACCCAACAGGAUGCCAGGAUGAUAGAGGAUAAGAAUGCUUACAAUAAGAUUCUCGUCGAUGUUCCCUGCACAACAGAUCGUCACAGUCUUCACAAUGACGACACCAAUAUCUUCUCACCAAAUCGAGUAAAGGAACGACUGCAAUUACCAGAGUACCAGUCAGAUAUUUUGGUACAAGCCUUGAAGAUCGUGCCUAUCGGGGGAACUGUGGUUUAUUCCACAUGCUCAUUAAGCCCUAUACAAAAUGACGGAGUUGUGCAGAUGGCCCUGAAGAAAAAUUGGGAGGAGACUAAAUCUGUUAUGGUUGUGAAAGACAUCACGGAGGGACUAGGGCCAUUGAAAACGAUUUACAAAUUUGCUGAGGAUCUUGGAUUUAAAUAUGGAACAGUAGUGUUACCAACGAAAGGAUCAAACUUUGGACCAACAUAUUUCAGUAAAAUUGUGAGGGUCCAGUGAAUAUGGUGUACAUCAAAAUGUACUUGCUGUAAAUAAAGUGUGACUGACAAAAGAGAA